AUGCUCUCUUCACUCCUGCGACCCAAGAAACACCGCCAACACGUCGAGGAGCAUUCGCCCUUCUCAUCCAUCUAUCCAGUCGACUCGUCGCCAAUCGUUGCGCGUCAGGAACGACAGGUCCGCCAUGCCACUGCCGAUUGGACCGAAACAGAGGCAGAAGACGACAAUUCAGAGGGCGACGAUGACGGGGAAGAUAUCGAUGAAGAUGGCGUGGAUCGCGAGGCUGGCGAUGAAGAAGAGGGAGAGGAAGAAGAAGACCAAGACGAAGAUGAGGAUGGAGAGGAAGAUACUCCAUUGCUUCCAAUCUUCUCUGCAGCCCAUCUAGACGCCCUACCGGUCUAUAAGCUCACUCACGCCAUUCGUCUGAUAGUCGUUCCGAAAACCGAAACCACCCUCACUUGGGAUCAGCUACGAUCACCGCAAGUAUCGCAAUUCCUCGUCAAGCCCAUGCAGCAGCAAAUUCGAACCUCUCACUUCUCUCGAGCAACCCUCUACGCGUUGAUGGCAAACUCAUUACAAUUCCAAAAGGAGGGGCAGACCAAUCCAGGAAAUGCGGGCACCUCUCGUACCAGAGCCAUGGUCUGUGAGUUGCUGGCGAUAAAGCUAUUGAAAGAAUACAACACGCGAGAACUCAUAGAUGCCUUGUCGUACGACUUCUUCCCCCUUCAAGGCCUUACCAUACCCAAUAUCUCAGCACCUGGUGGACAGAUGACCCGGCCAAAGCCUGCUGCCGCUCGAAUUUCGACCUUAGAAGUUGCUAUCAGAGCUUCUGCGAAACGAUUCAUAGCACAUCCUCUUGUCGUUCAGCAGCUCGAGGCUAUAUGGGCUGGUACAAUCGUCUUCCACUCUGCAGCAGACAAUCUCCAUCGACGCCAAUCCACGCCACCACAGCAAAUGCAGGAAACUCGCAGGGUCAACAGUAGACAGAACCUGUUAGACCCAGGUCAACGUGUUACAUACGGAGCCAUUGCUUCUCCGCGGACAUCACCAAAGAAGGACCCUCCAGUCCUAGCAAUUCAGAGCAGGAGGACUGUUACCCUCUACGACCCUAGAGACGCCUCGCUUUUCAAACUAUCCAGACUUCGAGUUCCAAGAUAUCGGCAAUUCUUUUCAACCUGCUCCCUUGCGAUUCUGCUAGGUUUGUUCCUUGCUGUGCUCAUUGAUCGGUCAAUGGAUAUUACCUCGUUGGAAGUUGUCUUUUGGUUCUGGAGUGCCGGCUUCAUGCUUGACGAAGUGGUCGGCUUUAAUGAGCAGGGCUUCAGUCUGUACCUCAUGAGUUUUUGGAACACGUUCGAUCUUGGGAUUCUGUUAUUACUAAUGGUAUACUAUUCCAUGCGACUAUAUGGCAUUUUCUUAGUCGAUGGAUUAGGUAGAAGCGAGUGGAAUAACAUGGCAUAUGAUGUCCUCGCGACAAAUGCUAUCCUCCUUUUCCCACGGCUGUUCAGCGUUCUGGAUCACUACCGAUACUUCUCUCAACUCUUGAUUGCGUUCAGGCUGAUGGCCGUUGACUUGGUUGCCGUGUUCAUUUUAAUCCUCAUUGCCUGCAGUGGGUUCUUUGUUGCUUUUACGCUAUCCUUUGGGACGAACGAUUACGACGCUGCUGGUGUGGCGUACAAGAUCUUCCAAAUUCUUAUGGGUUUUACUCCUGCGGCAUGGGAAGCUUGGCCAACGUACAAUCCUCUGGGAAAAGCCAUCUUGGUUCUGUUUCUCUUCAUCUGUCACUUCUUGGUUGUGACAAUAUUGAUUACGGUUCUCACCAAUUCCUUCAUGGCGAUUGUGUCAAAUGCGGACGAAGAACAUCAGUUUGUUUUUGCAGUCAACACCAUCUCAAUGGUCAAGAAUGAUGCACUCUUCUCCUACGUAGCACCAAGCAACAUAUUUGCAUGGCUUCUCACCCCUAUGCGAUUCUUCCUCUCGUUUCGAAUGUUCAUCAAGCUCAAUCGAACCGUCAUCAAGGUGACGCAUUUUCCCUUGCUAUUCAGCAUCUAUGCGUACGAGAAGCUAUUCCUAGCCCGAUCGGUCUUUGAGCCUACAGAUCUCGUGGACAAUGUUAGUCGUGGCCGGCCAAGGCUUGUAUCAUUCCAGGACUCCAAGCAAGGACUAUUCAGCCCUGGCACUCGAAUGCGUCAAGAGUCGACUGCUGGGUUCCAGAAAGAUGAGGCGUUGGAUGAAGUUUUCAGACUAGCGCCAAGACCGGACACCCUCCGAAGUACCCAGAAGAGUGUGGAGCGGCGGAAAACCCAUAUGGUCAACAAUUGGAUGGAUCAUCAGGGCAGUCAAGCAAGUCCACCUCAAGAGCAAGAUCGAUCAAUCGUUGAUCGCUUAGAGACGAGAAGACAAGCCAGGAGAGCUACAAUGAUGAAGCAGAGGGGCAUUUCUGGUAAUAGAUCAGUGGCUAGUGAUCCAGCCGAGUUCAUGUCUACUGGCCCAUUUCAUGAUCAAGAUCCAGACCAAUAUGAGUUUACCAAUGAGCAUAUUGGCGGUCAUGAAGAUGAGGAUGGAGACGAUGAGCUCGUGACGAAUGAUGACGACGAGGGAUUAACUCUGGAGCAUCCACGAAGUCAUAUCGCGCCUGCGGAGGACGAAUCCGAGGAAGAAGAUUAUUUCAGAACGCCAACCGGCGGAACCAGAUUGACGCCCACCUCAUCGAAGAACCUCGUCCCCAUUAACGACCCUCCAAAGUCAUCUCCACCCAAACGACGCGCUCACAACCGCAAUCUAUCCACAAACACCAUACUCUUCAACCCAAUCACUAGCAAUCACAGCUCAUCCUCCGCCUCACCACCUAGAUCUCGACCAUUAACAGCCAAGCAUCACUCAAGAACAAACACAGGAACGCACACUCCAGCAAAAACCACAGGGACAAACACUCAUCUUCUAACUGGCCAACGCACCCCUAGACACUCUAUCUACACAACCGCCAAUACAAGACCAUCUGUGCAACCACGUCCCAUCAUGCCCCCACGGCAACAUUUCCAAUCGGUCCCGAACUUCAAUUUCGAAUCUCGAACUCGACAAAUCCGGCACAGAGUCUCUAGCUUGGAUAUGGGCAUGUCAGAGCUCGGUCUCGACAACAAUCAUAUGCUAGGCGCCGUCCCGAGUUCCUUCGCAACGCAAAUGGCCAUGGCUACUGGCGAUUUGAAAGCUUUUCAUCGGAAAGACAAAGAAGAUGAAGGCAUGAUGGGUCGACUUAUGCUUGCGCGAAUGAAAACCCUGGAAGAAGGUUUUGCGGAUGUAGUGAGGGAGUUCAAGGGCAUGCAGAGUCGAACGGCAGGGAAUAGUUCUGUAGAUGGAGUCGACGAGAAUCUUGCACCGAGAGAUAAGGGGAAGGGUAGGGAGCGGGUGAAGAAGAAGAAGCCGUCACGUACUACCAGUGAACUUGAUUUUGGUAUUGUUGGGGAGGCUGCGCCGACGCAGAUGCUCGAG